UCUGGCUGGUCACACGUGCUGCGGAAUCCACUCAGCUUUCCUCAGGUGCAGUCAGGUCCACCCUGGAGAGAGACCUUCUGUGGACCUGUUCUUUCACCUCCCUAACCUGAGGAUUGUAUUCAAACCAUCGUGGAUCGCUCACGUAAAAUGGUCACUGCGCCUAAUACCUGGGAUCCCGUAACCCUGAUCUGCGUUGGCUUCAGAGCGUUUUCUGACUAGUUCCAACUUUGCUGAAGCUUGUCGAAGGGAUGAGUCAUGUGGGGGUGAAAAAUGACCCUGAACUGGACCAGCAGCUUGCUAAUCUGGACCUGAACUCUGAAAAACAGAGUGGAGGAGCAUCUACAGCGAGCAAAGGGCGCUAUAUACCUCCUCACUUAAGGAACAGAGAAGCAUCCAAAGGAUUCCAUGAUAAAGACAGUUCAGGUUGGAGUUGCAACAAAGAUAAGGAUGCAUAUAGCAGUUUUGCGUCUCGAGAUUCUAGAGGAAAGUCUGGUUAUUUCAGUGAACGUGGAAGUGGAUCAAGGGGAAGAUUUGAUGACCGUGGACGGAGUGACUAUGAUGGUAUUGGCAAUCGUGACAGACCUGGCUUUGGAAGAUUUGAACGGAGCGGACAUAGUCGUUGGUGUGACAAGUCAGAUGAAGAUGAUUGGUCAAAACCACUUCCACCAAGUGAACGCUUGGAGCAAGAACUGUUUUCUGGAGGAAACACGGGGAUUAACUUUGAGAAAUAUGAUGAUAUACCAGUAGAGGCAACUGGCAGUAACUGUCCUCCACAUAUUGAGAAUUUCAGCGAUAUUGACAUGGGAGAAAUUAUCAUGGGGAACAUUGAACUUACUCACUAUACUCGUCCUACUCCAGUGCAAAAACAUGCCAUUCCCAUUAUUAAGGGAAAAAGAGACUUAAUGGCUUGUGCCCAAACAGGAUCUGGGAAAACUGCAGCAUUUCUUUUACCCAUACUGAGUCAGAUAUAUACAGAUGGUCCAGGAGAAGCCUUGAAGGCGGUGAAGGAAAAUGGAAGGUAUGGACGCCGCAAACAAUAUCCAAUAUCCUUGGUUUUAGCCCCAACAAGAGAAUUGGCUGUACAGAUCUAUGAGGAAGCCAGAAAAUUUUCCUACCGAUCUAGAGUUCGUCCUUGUGUAGUUUAUGGUGGUGCUGAUAUUGGUCAGCAGAUUCGGGACUUAGAACGUGGAUGCCACUUGUUAGUAGCCACUCCAGGACGUCUAGUGGACAUGAUGGAAAGAGGAAAGAUUGGAUUAGACUUCUGCAAGUACUUAGUGUUGGAUGAAGCUGAUAGGAUGCUGGAUAUGGGAUUUGAACCUCAGAUACGUCGUAUAGUUGAACAAGAUACUAUGCCACCAAAGGGCGUUCGUCACACCAUGAUGUUUAGUGCUACUUUUCCUAAGGAAAUACAGAUGCUUGCUCGUGACUUUUUGGAUGAAUAUAUCUUUUUGGCUGUAGGUAGAGUAGGCUCUACCUCUGAGAACAUCACACAGAAAGUAGUUUGGGUGGAAGACUUAGAUAAACGGUCAUUUCUGCUGGACCUUUUAGGUGCAACAGGGAGGGAUUCACUGACUUUAGUGUUUGUGGAGACCAAAAAGGGGGCAGAUUCCCUGGAGGAUUUCUUAUACCAUGAAGGAUAUGCUUGUACUAGUAUUCAUGGAGACCGGUCACAGAGAGAUCGAGAGGAGGCCCUUCAUCAGUUUCGCUCGGGAAAAAGCCCAAUUCUAGUGGCUACAGCUGUGGCAGCACGAGGACUAGACAUUUCAAAUGUGAGACAUGUUAUCAAUUUUGAUUUGCCAAGUGAUAUUGAAGAAUAUGUGCAUCGUAUUGGCCGUACAGGACGUGUAGGAAACCUGGGCCUUGCCACCUCAUUCUUUAAUGAAAAAAAUAUGAAUAUUACAAAGGAUUUGUUGGAUCUUCUUGUAGAAGCUAAACAAGCAGUGCCUUCUUGGUUGGAAAAUAUGGCUUAUGAACACCACUACAAGGGUGGCAGUCGUGGACGAUCUAAAAGAUUCAGUGGAGGAUUUGGUGCCAGAGACUAUCGACAAAGUAGCGGUUCCAGCAGUUCUGGCUUUGGUGCUAGUCGUGGAAGCAGCAGCCGCAGUGGUGGAGGUGGUUACGGCAACAGCAGAGCAUUUGGUGGAGGUGGCUAUGGAGGCUUCUACAAUAGUGAUGGAUAUGGAGGAAAUUAUAACUCCCAGGGGGUUGACUGGUGGGGCAACUGAAUCUGCAGCAAAGUCACCCUUACAAACAAGCUAAUAUGGAAACCACAUGUAACUUAGCCAGACUAUAUCGUGUAGCUUCAAGAACUUGCAGUACAUUACCAGCUGUGAUUCUCCUGAUAAUUCAAGGGAGCUCAAAGUCACAAGAAGAAAAAUGAAAGAAAUAAACAGCAGCCCUAUUCAGAAAUUGAAGACGUAAUUGCUGUAGUUUGGAUUAAACUCUUCCCCUCCUGCUUUAGUCCCACCCCAAACUGCAUUUAUAAUUUUGUGACUGAGGAUCGUUUGUUAACGUACUGUGACUUUAACUUUAGACAACUUCCUACUUUGAUGUCCUGUUGGCUCAGUAAUGCUCACGAUACCAAUUGUUUUGACAAAAUAAAUUUACUAAACUUGGCCUAAAAUCAAACCUUGGCACAUAGGUAUGAUACAACUUUAACAGGAAUCAUCAAUUCAUCCAUAAAUAUAAAAAGGAAAAACAACUUGAAGCAGUAGCCUGCAUUAGGACUGUUUGGUUUUUGCAGACUUGGGGGUUGGGAGAACAUCUUAAAGCAUUAAAGCAUAGUUUUUUAUUUGGCCAACCUGUACUAAAUUAAAUUCUGACUUGCUCACUCUAUCCUGGAUAGGCACUUAGAAACUUACACUGUUUAAGCCAUUCCAGUCAUGAUGAGGUGGAAUGUAUCAAUAUACCCAUUAAUAUUUUCGGAAGACCUCUUUUAGCUUAAUUCAAGUAAGUACAGCAAUUUCUCAUUUAAUGUUUAGGGAGUUUAUUCUAAGCUAGGCAAACGUGGGCAUACUAUCACAAGAAAGGUUUAAAGCUUUGAUAAAAUGGGGAAGAUUUCAUUUAAUCAGUUUUUUUAAUGCCUGCUAUAGAAAUUUGAAAUGUUAGAAUGGCUGACCAUGGCAGUGACCAGGCCUUACUACAGGCCUGGUUGGAUUCUGGUCUUCAAUGCAUGCUAGUGUUGAUGUUUUUUGGUCAAGAAGGGUUUAAACAAAGGAUUAUGCAGCAGGCUUUUAUUUAAUGUAGAUUCAUAUUGCUCUGUUAAAGCUGCAUUGAAAUGUUAAAAUGGCUUACACUUGUAGACUUUGCAAAUCUAAGACUAACAAAUCCUUGAAAUCACACAGGUUGCAAAUACAUACUAAACUGCACAAGGAAUGUGUUCUAUAUUUGCAGUUUUAGUGUGUUUUAGUUGCAUAGGUUUCCAUGGUAUUUAUAGUUCUCUUGUGCUAAAUUUGGCCAAAGAUGAUUGUCCACCACUAAAAAUGCCUCUCCCACUUGGAAUUCUGUACUGAUUUUGUGGCCAGGUGCAAUGAUCUUUAAAAACAGAUCUUUUCAGUGGCAUAAGAAGUUGGCAAAAAUUUCUUAAAGUGCAAUAGAUUUUCAAGUGUAUUGUGCCUUGUUCUAAAAUUUCUAAGUAGGUGCACUUGACAGUAUUGAGGUCAUUUGUUAAGGUGCUAUUUCAAUUAGUGUAGGUUUAGACUCUUGUACAUUUCUCCCAUAACUUUUUACAAAGUACUUAUUUUAUUGCACAUUCAGAGAAUUUUAUAUAUAUAUGUCUUGUGUGGGUGUCCUUGACCUUCCAAUCUUUCUGUGUUUCUUGGAGAUUGUUGAAUGCAGCCAGUGAAGAAGUAGAUUCCUAAAUUUUAUUGGGGACCAUGGAAUGGUAGUUGAGAAGAAAACUAUUUGCACACAACAGAUUUUAGAUACUUUUUGCUGCUAGUUGUGUAAUAUUUAUUGAACAUUUUGACAAAUAUUUAUUUUUGUAAGCCUAAAAAUGAUUCUUUGAAAGUUUAAAGAAACUUGACCAAAAGACAGUACAAAAAACACUGGCACUUGAAUGUUGAAUGUCACCGUAUGUGAAAUAAUAUACUUCGGGGUAGUGUGAGCUUUUAAUGUUAAGUCCUAUUAAACUUGAGUCAAAUUAAGCAGACCCGGCAUUGGCAAUGUAGCCGUACUUUUCUGACAAAAUUUAAGACAAAAUUGUCAACUUGAAACUAAAACAUGCCAAGGUUUUGAUAUACUUGUCUUAAGAUAUUAAUGAAACACUUCUGAACACUGAUAGGAAGUGUCCACAUCCGCAAAGUUUCUCUGAGUUUUGUUACAUGUUUUGUUUCAUUUUCGGUGAUUGUCUGGCAUAUUUACAGUCCUCAAACAUGGUUAUUUUUGUCAGUGACUUAACAUUCAGUUUUAUCAGCCAGCAGUAUUUUUCAGUAAAUAAAGAAUGGAAUUGCUGAAUGUAAUCAUUGAACCUCGAGUCACUGUAAAAGUUUAGUAAUUGCUUAUUGUAUUAGUUUUAGAUGCUGGCACUGCAUGUGCUCUGUUUAUUUUGAUUUUACUAAAAUAAAAAGUUCAAAAGUC